CUGCCUCAUGUUUAAAAAUCGUCAUUUAAGAUUUCGUGCAAAAUGGCGACAAGGUCAUUGAAGGAUAUUGCUACUAUUCUCAUUCUCCUGGUGGCUUACGCUGGUGCGACUUGCCUCCAUGAAAACUGCGCUACAUGUACCGACCCGACCCAGUGUAACUCAUGCAAUGAUGGCUGGUGGGGUCCACAGUGCACAUACAACUGUAGAGCGAAUACCGCGUGUCCGGGUUCAUGCCAGAUGGAUAACGGAUAUUGCACAUCCUGCUCUGAUGGGACUUAUACCAAUCAGAAAACUUGUCAAGACUGCUCCUACGGUUGUAAGACAUGUAGAACUGCAUCCUAUUGUCAGAACUGUUUUGAUGGUUACUUCCUAGUAGAUGGAACAUGUCAUAAUCAAUGUUUUGAAGGGUGUUCUCAUGCAUGCGACAUGUCAACUGGACAUUGUGCUUGUAAAGGCGGAUACUGGGGUAGUCGAUGUCAGGAAAAGUGCGGAAACUGUUCAGGAGGGACAUGUGUACAAUCCACUGGGUAUUGCCAAUGUAGUGACGGCUUCUAUGGGAGCCGAUGCACGUCUGUUUGUGGAUCUGGCUGCCUUGAUGGUAAAUGUGACGCAAGUACAGGCCACUGUCAGUGCCAGCCAUCCGGAUUAUGCAAGUGUAAAGAUGGUUAUUACGGUGAACAAUGUUCCUUACAAUGUCAUCCGUAUUGUGCUGUCUGUGUGACGAGUAGGAUGCACUGUAGUACAUGUAUACCAGGACAAUGGGGAUUACCAUACUGCAUUAACAGAUGUAAUGCUGGUUGUAAAAAUAGAACGUGUGACGAGAUAUCUGGACACUGUGAAUGCGCACUAGGGUAUUGGGGGCGUACGGAAGCCCCAUGUAUAAACAAAUGUAGUAAAGGCUGUCUUAAUGGUAAAUGUGAUGACGGUACUGGCUAUUGUCAUUGUAUUGAUGGUUAUUAUGGUGAUAAAUGCUCCUCAAAAUGUUAUCCAAGAUGCACUGCCUGUGUCACUAGUUAUACCAAUUGCAGCGAUUGUAAACCAGGAUAUUGGGGAGCAUCUUGCUAUAAAAGGUGUAAUACUUACUGUCAAUAUGGUAUGUGUGACCAUUAUUCUGGACAAUGCGACUGUAAACGAGGUCAUUGGGGACCUUUACAAUCUCCGUGUUCGAACAAGUGUAGCAAUGGGUGCAGAAAUUAUAGAUGUGAUGCCUUAACGGGACAAUGUGACUGCAAUCUUGGUUAUUGGGGACCAUCAUGUACAAACAGAUGCAAUGUGAAUUGCAAAGACGAAACAUGUGACGCCUCAUCUGGGCAAUGUGAAUGUAAACAAAAUUAUUUUGGAAUAUUAUGUAAAAAUAGGUGUAACGAGGGCUGCGAAAUUGAAACUUGUGAUUUAAAAUCUGGCCAAUGUGACUGCAAGCCGGGUUAUUGGGGGCAUUUGGCCAACCCUUGUACAAACGUUUGUAAUUAUGGCUGCAAAAAUAGAACUUGUGAUUUAGAUUCUGGAUAUUGUGAUUGUAUUAUAGGCUAUUUCGGCAAAACAUGUAACAACUCUUGUCCAGUUGGUUGCGCCCUGUUGGAAUGUGACAAGGAAACAGGACGUUGCAACGAUUGCUUGGAAGGGUAUUAUGGAGAACGUUGUUUGCCAGGAGGUAUCGAAAGUCAAAUCGCCAUCCAAAAGCACGUUGUGAUUACAGCCGUAUCGGGAGCAGUUGUGUCGGUAUUUAUUUUGACAGCUGGUGCGAUAGUCAUAGUCUGGAUUCUUAAGAGGAAAAGGGAUAAGAAAAAACAUAACGAAACGAACAAUGAGGCGACUAGAAGUCAGAAAGACCGAUACGAACAACAACAGCGGAGGGAUGGGGGUAUUGGGAUGUAUGAGAUUAUUCACGUGGGUUAACUACUCAAUACACAAGCAUUUCUUAAGCGACUUCCUCAACGAUAUUGUAUACGAGUAUCUCUCGUUGAGUGUAUGCUGAGUCUGUAGUUCCGUCGUAUUGGUAUUGUUGUGAUAUCUUUUACUGUAAAAAUUAUUAACAUUCUCAAGUGUAAAUUAAACCCUUUUCUCACAAUCUUGUCCUAUUUAUUUUUAAAGGACCAUUCACUUCGUUAAUUGAUUUUGCUUUACCUAAUCUAUUUAAAAAUACCACUGAUUUCGACAAUACUGAUUAACGAUUGUGGCUUUAGGCAGGAACAGGCUGUUAUGUCCGUAACGUAUUCGGUAUUAAAGGCAUCUAUCUAUUUGGGAAUAGAAAUGAGUAUUUGUCAUGAUAUAUGUUUUAUUUCAAGCUGAUAAGGAAAUAAAUAAAUACUCUAUUAUGUAUUAGUUUGAUUUUAAGCAAUUUAAAGCAUUAACUAUCCGUGCUCUUUGUACGUUAAAAUGCAUGCUUUCUGUUAAAAUUGGCAUGGUUUUAUAAGAAUGGUUCUCACAAAUUGCAAGCAGAAUAGCCGUAAUGUUAUAUACAUUACCAGAAAAAUGUGAUCUAUUAAAAAUUAUAGAUGCUUUUUUUGGAAACGUUAUUUUUGCAAUUUUGUAGUAGGUUUUGCAAUUUAUGGUGAACAAUAAUAUAUUUCAAGCAAAACAAAACAUUUAAUACCCGAAACUUUUUUGUCAGCUAAUGUAAGUAACCUAAAAUAUAUGUUUCCUACAGAAAAUAGUUUAUGGAUUUUUGUGAAAGAGAUCUGAAUAUAAUCAUAUGUCCAUCAAGAUGCUAACAUUUUCACUACCUAUGUGACCAAUUAUGAAGAUGUACACAAGCAAUACAUUGAUAAUAGUGUGUAUUCCUGACUAACAUGUAUCUUUUUAAAAGGUUGUUUGAAUAAUUUUAUUAUCCUUAUACAUUUUUAAAAUCGUAAUACAUUAUUUUAUAGUUCUUAUAAUAAACAUAUUGUUUUAAAAUCAGAAAAUAAUAUUUUCAUCCAUUUUUUUAUAAUAUAAUUAUUCUUUUAAAUACUAUACAUGCUACUUUUUUUUAUAAUCUUUCUAUUUGGGACUUCCACCAAGGAAGGGGACAUUGUUUUUGUUGUUAUAGGUCACAAUUUUAUUUGUAGAGCACCGCAAGAAUAUAGGUUGAGUUGUAACGAGCUUGAUGGUUAUUUGAUAGACAUAAUAUUGACUUUUAUGGCACUAAAAUUGUUAUAUAAUUCAGCCAAGGCCAUGAAUCACCACGCAAUAAUUGAGUGGAAGUUGAUGGUUUUGUCUGCAACCACAUCUCGAUUAAUUGGACACUUUAGGAAUCAGGACAACAAAUAGCUUUUUUAGAAAAAGUUGAGCGUUGUCUAUGUGUGCUGUUUAUAAUAUGUGUUGGAAAAGAAUUUGAUAUGGAUUACAGUGUGAUUAUUUGGCAUUCAGUUCAAACGUAGUUGUUUUGCUUACCUGUUUUAUAAUAAUUGGUGCACAGCUGUAGAUUAAUGCAUUUGGCUACAUCUUUUAUAGAUUAGGCCUUUGUAACUCUAAGGCAAUGUUAUUGAAUUAGCUUUGUUUUUGUUUUAUUUUUAUUUGCUUUCUUAUUUGAUAAGGAUGUAUCGAUAUCAUGCUAAAGCUUAUAAAAUAUCGUGCCUUCCGACAAUUUGUUUACCAAGUUUAUAUAAUUCCCAUCUUUAUGUAUCAUACGUCAUUGCUUAUACAACUUCGAAUCCACUGUUAAUAUGUCUCACCCGUACAUGAUAUUAACAUUCAUUUUGCUAUAUAAUGAAUAUUUACAUAUUUCUAACCUGAUGCAUUGCACUUAAUAUUUCAUUAUACAAAUUAAAUACUGUGAUGCUGUCAUGUCGUUGAUGCUUUUAUAGAACAGAACACUCAAAACAGCCCGAAAAGAGUUUCAACCUCUAAGUCGUGCUCGCACUUUUCUAUACAUACCCAGCACAAUUUCAAUACCUUGCUACGAAUUCCCAAUUUAUAUAACUUAGCUAUAGCCCAGUUCUAUAUAUACCAUCAAAAGCUUGUUUUUUAAUCAAGAAAUACACGUGCUAGACAUUAUUUUUCAUUAAGAAUAGUACUUACAAUAGCGCUUAGUACAAAAAAAGCCUCCACUGUUGAUGUACCUUUUCUUUCUAAAUCAUAUUUUGCAUCACUUAGAAUGUUGUUUGUUCAACCCAAUUAGAUUUUCAGUUAUUACUAAUUUCAGUGAAUAUUUUCGAAAAUAGCUUAGAAUGGUAAUUCUUCUAUGUUUGUUAACAUCGGUAGGAUCAUGUUUUUAAAAUAAAGGUACUUAAAGACUAUUCGUCCACUAAUCGGGAAAGAAACCAGCAUCGAAUAUAUAUGUCAUAGAUUGGUCCACGAGGUGCGGCAGGAAUAAUGUUGUUCUCCUCUGAUUUUUUCAUUAUAUUUUAAUGAUCUAGAAGAAAUUGUCUUACUAAAUGGCUAUCAAGGGAUUAAGUUGUAUGUAUUCUAAAUAUGUUUGCUAUUAUAUGACGAUGAUAUUGUUCUAUUUUCUCAAACGCCAGAUGGUUUUUAGGUUUCCUGUUUGUGAUUUUAUGUUCUAUAUCUUUGGCGUUUACCCAGUGCCAAUAAACAGGGUUUAUGUUUAAACGUUUUGCUACUGAGCUUGUUUCUGUAGCUUUUCGCAUAAAUAUUAAAUUUUAAUAAUAUUACUUUUUCGUCUAGCUACGCCUACGAUAUGCUAGUUGUUUGAUUUUGUAAGUUUCUAUGGUUACCAAAAAUUAUUUUGUCUGUUUCAUGCUCAAUACUACUAUCAAAUAUCAAACUAUAUCAAACUAUAUCUGCUGUCAUAUAUAUGAUAUUUUAAUAAGAUAAAACAUGGUUGACCAUGAUUUUUGGUUGAUAAUUGCCACAGUGAGAAGAAUAAUUGCCCGAGUCAUUUGUCAAUGAUUUAUACUGGUUUUGAAAAAUAAACUGUGGAACAACAUAGAAUAUGAGAAGCAGGAAGUCUGAACGAAAAGAAAAUGAAACGUAAUAAAUUUGUUUUGAAUGGCAUUAGCUAUUUAGAAUAACGAGUGCAUUGAAAUUAAAACGUAAAACCCUUUAUCACGUGUUUUCGGAAUAAGAUGCAAUAUUUCAUUUUUAAAAAACAUAUUUCUUAUUUUUACUUCGGCUGAUUUUGCCAUUCAUCUCAAUAUGUGAACACAGCUAGGGUCGAUCAAUCACAGGAGCAGUUUUAUAAGAUAUUGGACUUGAAUGACCCUAGCCAUUUCGCUGGAAUAAUGAACAUUUCUCAGCAGAAAAGGUAAAACAAAACGUUGCGACAAAACAACUUUUUCUGACGUUAGAUUUUUUCUCAUUAAUUCGCAUUGAAAUUACUAAAACUUAGUGUCUUUUGUUGGAUAUCUAAUGAUUUCUGAUCCGAAAUAAAGAAUUGAUCCAAUUAGACUAUCAAAAUAUUCGAUUUUUCUUUUAUAUUAAGGUUUAGUUGAUUAUAAACAGUACACAAAUUUUGCAAAGGGAAGGUUGUGGUAUGUGUUCUUGUGUCCUUUUCAAGUUUACGUUCUUGAACUACGUUAAACAUUGAAAUGAUUCUACUAGAUUUGUGUUAUUUAAGUUGAGAGUGUAACUAGUUUUUCUCUUUUGAAUAUCAUUGCUUGAGUUUUUGAUGUAUUUACUUUUAGGACCCAUAAUACACAAUAGACUUGUAGAUCAAUGAGUAUUGAUUGUAAGGCUUGUGGUGUAUGAGCAAAACUAAUAGCGAAA